CCCUCGACUUCCCCCCUUUUGUUAAUUAAAACUAAGAAGUGAGAAUGGGAACGAGGUGGCCAGCUCCGGCGGAGAACGCUUAAGGACACCACGCCAGUUCUUCCCUUCCUUCCUUCCGAGAUGGAAAGAGGAGCUCCUAGCUCACUUAAGCCGGGGUAGGGCUGGUUCUCCUUUCCGAGCCAAAAUCCCAGGCGAUGGUGAAUUAUGAACGUGCCACACCAUGAAGCUCUUGUGGCAGGUAACUGUGCAUCACACCUGGAAUGCCGUCCUGCUCCCCGUCGUCUACCUCACGGCGCAAGUGUGGAUUCUGUGUGCAGCCAUCGCUGCUGCUGCCUCCGCCGGGCCCCAGAACUGCCCAUCCGUCUGCUCGUGCAGUAAUCAGUUCAGCAAGGUGGUGUGCACCCGCCGGGGCCUCUCCGAGGUCCCUCAGGGGAUUCCUUCCAACACCCGGUACCUCAACCUCAUGGAGAACAAUAUCCAGAUGAUUCAGGCCGACACCUUCCGCCACCUCCACCACCUGGAGGUCUUGCAGCUGGGCAGGAACUCCAUCCGGCAGAUAGAGGUGGGGGCCUUCAAUGGCCUGGCCAGCCUCAACACCCUGGAGCUGUUUGACAACUGGCUGACGGUCAUCCCCAGCGGGGCCUUCGAAUACCUGUCCAAGCUGCGGGAGCUCUGGCUGCGCAACAACCCCAUAGAGAGCAUCCCCUCUUAUGCCUUCAACCGGGUGCCCUCCCUCAUGCGCCUGGACCUGGGGGAGCUCAAGAAGCUGGAGUACAUCUCUGAGGGGGCCUUUGAGGGACUGUUCAACCUCAAGUACCUGAACUUGGGCAUGUGCAACAUCAAGGACAUGCCCAACCUCACCCCGCUCGUGGGGCUGGAGGAGCUGGAGAUGUCGGGGAACCACUUCCCGGAGAUCAGGCCUGGCUCCUUCCAUGGCCUCGGCUCCCUCAAGAAGCUAUGGGUCAUGAACUCACAGGUCAGCCUGAUUGAGCGCAAUGCUUUUGAUGGGCUGGCCUCACUGGUGGAACUCAACCUGGCCCAUAAUAACCUCUCUUCUUUGCCCCAUGACCUCUUCACCCCCCUGAGGUAUCUGGUGGAGUUGCACCUACACCACAACCCUUGGAACUGUGAUUGUGACAUUCUCUGGCUAGCCUGGUGGCUUCGGGAGUACAUACCCACCAAUUCCACCUGCUGCGGCCGCUGCCACGCUCCCUUGCACAUGCGAGGCCGCUACCUGGUGGAGGUGGACCAGGCCUCCUUCCAGUGCUCCGCCCCCUUCAUCAUGGAUGCCCCUCGGGACCUCAAUAUCUCGGAAGGUCGGAUGGCGGAACUUAAGUGUCGGACUCCCCCCAUGUCCUCUGUGAAGUGGUUGCUGCCCAAUGGGACAGUGCUCAGCCACGCCUCCCGCCACCCACGGAUCUCCGUCCUCAACGACGGCACCUUGAACUUUUCCCACGUGCUGCUCUCAGACACAGGGGUAUACACGUGCAUGGUGACCAACGUGGCAGGCAACUCCAAUGCCUCGGCCUACCUCAACGUGAGCACGGCCGAGCUCAACACCUCCAACUACAGCUUCUUCACCACGGUCACGGUGGAGACCACGGAGAUCUCACCCGAGGACACAACGCGCAAGUACAAGCCUGUUCCUACGACGUCCACUGGUUACCAGCCGGCCUAUACCACCUCUACCACGGUGCUCAUCCAGACCACCCGUGUGCCCAAGCAGGUGGCAGUGACCGCGACGGACACCAACGACAAGAUGCAGACCAGCCUGGAUGAAGUCAUGAAGACCACCAAGAUCAUCAUCGGCUGCUUUGUGGCAGUGACCCUGCUCGCUGCUGCCAUGUUGAUUGUCUUCUAUAAACUUCGCAAGCGGCACCAGCAGAGGAGUACAGUCACAGCCGCCCGGACAGUUGAGAUUAUCCAGGUGGACGACGACAUCCCAGCGGCGGCACCUGCAGCAGCAACAGCAGCUCCGGCCGGUGUAUCAGGUGAGGGGGCAGUCGUGCUGCCCACAAUUCAUGACCAUAUUAACUACAACACCUACAAACCAGCACACGGGGCCCACUGGACAGAAAACAGCCUGGGGAACUCUCUCCACCCCGCGGUCACCACUAUCUCUGAACCUUAUAUCAUUCAGACCCAUACCAAGGACAAGGUACAGGAAACUCAGAUAUGACUCCCCCCCCCCAAAAAAAACUUAUACAAAUGCAAUAGAAUGCACACACACACAAAGACAGCAACUUUUGUACAGAGUGGGGAGAGACUUUUUCUUGUAUAUGCUUAUAUAUUAAAUCUAUGGGCUGGUAAAAGAAACAGAUUAUAUUAAAAUUUAAAAAAGAAAACUCAAAACAAAACUAUUUUCUAACUUGUAAGUUCUAUUUAAAGGGGGUAGGGGAGGGUUAUCUUGGGAAUGUUGUGGGGUAGAAGUCACAAGUCAACUUGCUAUGUGGCCAGAAGGGAUUUCUGGUAUACGGUUAAAACUGCUAAGAUAAAACCAACUUAAAACACCAACAAACAUCCCUAAAGAGUUAGGGUGCGGGCUGCUGAGGGGUGGGGUGGGGGUAGACGGAAUUUGUCAUUUUUUUUUUUUAGAAGAUGCUUCAUAGGACCCAGGACUACCCAUUUCUAUAGACAUCUUUCUUAGGCUGAGAGCUGUCUUUGCAGAUUUAUCUUAUUUAAACAAAAAAAAAUUCCAAAAAAAAAAAAAAAAGCACUAGGAAUUUGUACUGUGCUUAGAAUGUUGAGAGGCAAUAAAUUUUUCUUCUGAGGCCAAGGGGAAGACAGAUCUGUAACACGGUGUUUUAAACAGGAAAAUCACUGAAAUUCAAAUGAAACCCUCAAGGGACUGAGGGUGUGCACCCCUGUGCACAGGUCUUCUUGGUUUGUGCACUGGGACACCGCGUGCCCCGCCUGACGGGAGUGUGGAGGGAAGAAGCAGAGAAGGAAGGGAGCUGGUGUAGCUCGCAGUCAAAUGCUUUCACAUUGUCAGAUUCCUGCAGUUGGGCUUAACCCACUCUGUGCAAGGCAUGUGUCUAUUCAGGGCUUUCCAGAUGAAGGAGGUGGCUCCUGAAGGGGCCUGGGGUCCCAGAGGGGGAUGGGAGCAGAGAGCAACAGAGAAAAGGUAUUCACGGGAGGCCAUACAUCAGCAUAGUGCCACGUCCACCUGUUGUUCCCAGUAUCUGACAAAUGAUUGUCGACAAUGAUGGCAUUUGAUGAUUUUCUUUUAUAAAGGGUUUGUUUGUUUUAAGGUGGAGAAAGGGAGGAGAGGCCGGGAGUGGGAAGCUUGGGGGAGUGGAAGCUUUUCUCAUGCUUGUGAUUUGGUGACUAUUCUAAAUGCUGAUUCAUUAGGGAUUAUUACGGCUGAUGUCAAUGGGUUGUGGUGAUGGGUAGGGGGGGAGAAGAUGGGGAGGGAAGAAAAGGGGGAGACGGGCCACAGGCUCAUUUAAAGUGAUGAAGCCUUUCCUCAUCAAGGAUGCUUCAGGAAAAAAGAUCUGAAAUCCACAGUUCGAACAAAGUGAUGCACAUGCACGCACAGUGAGUUGGCCGUGGAGUCCUGUUGAAUGUAGCACAGUGGGGCAAAAGGCUUCCCUCUCCCAGGCCUGCCUCAGAAGGAGGGGAAGAGAAAGGGUGGGCACGGGUGGGGAAGGCAGAGAUCUCUGUUAUGCUGAUCCAUUUAAUGAUGUAACUUUACUUAUUAUUUUAGCUUUAAAAGGAAAUAAAGCGUUCAGAUUUGAAAGGGGGGUGGGGUGGGGGGUGGGGAAACAACAACAAAAGAACAUUGAUUGUAAUGUGAGAAAAGUGUAUUUUUGUAUUUUAAUAAAUAUUGUUCAAUUUUUAA